AUUUAGAACCAUUUGACUAGUCUCAAAACUGACGUCAUCGGAUGGAAGACAUCUGGAGGCACAAAUAGAAAACGUCCUCUGCAAUGGCUGACUCUGGAUCAGCCCGUGGAGGUUUCCGUGGUGGUUUUGGCACCCGUGGGGGCGGUGAAGGCGGUCGUGGUGGCCGCGGUGGUCGUGGUCGAGGACGCGGCCGUGGCCGUGGACGCGGUCGUGGCAAGGAGGGAGAGAAGGAGUGGACCCCCAUCACCAAGCUGGGCAGGCUUGUCAAGGAUGACAAGAUUAAGAGCCUUGAAGAAAUCUAUCUUUUCUCUCUACCCAUCAAGGAAGCUGAAAUCAUCGACAAGUUCUUGGGCCCUAAGCUUAAGGAUGAGGUACUGAAAAUCAUGCCAGUCCAGAAGCAAACUCGUGCCGGUCAGCGCACCCGCUUCAAGGCUUUCGUGGCCAUUGGUGAUUAUUCCUGCCACAUCGGCCUUGGUGUGAAAUGUUCCAAGGAAGUAGCGACUGCCAUCAGAGGUGCCAUCAUUCUAGCUAAACUUUCUAUCGUACCCGUGCGCCGUGGGUACUGGGGUAACAAGAUCGCCACUCCACACACCGUGCCCUGCAAGGUCACCGGCAAAUGCGGCUCAGUAGUUGUGCGUCUCAUUCCUGCACCUCGCGGUACUGGCAUCGUUGCUGCCGCUGUACCCAAGAAGCUCCUGCAGAUGGCUGGUAUUGAGGAUUGCUACACCAGCGCACGCGGCCAGACCGCCACUCUCGGCAACUUUGCCAAAGCUACCUAUGCUGCAAUUGCCAAGACAUACGCUUACCUCACUCCAGACUUGUGGAAGGAGACGGUAUUCACCAAGUCUCCUUAUCAGGAUCAUACUGACCAUCUGGCCAAGUAUCACAAGACCUCUAACGAGCAGAGGCAGGAAACUAAACUUUACUAAGCAAUAAAGUUGGUGGAUUC